AUGGAGAGCAGAGAGCAGCGUCACCCAGUCUACCCAACUGGCUUUGCGGUUGGGAGAGCUAGCAACAAAGUCUCGAAAUGGGCUCAGAUAGAGAGAACAAAAAAGAAAAAAAAGAGGUUAACGCAAGGAUUCAUUUCCUCAAUGCCAUGGCAUACCAUCUUUGCAUUUCUGAAUCCACUGCUAAUCAACAUCCUUCAAGUGAAAUGUCAAGGCUCAACCAAGUCUCCAUUCGACACACACCGAGGAGUCAUGUGGAUAUUUUUGUUGGCAACGUUAGUCUACUGCUUUGCAUUUGCAGCUAACAUGAAAUCACGCGGUAAUUGCUCUACAGUCUACUCUCGAAUCUCUGGCCAUUUUGCUCUUCUCAGUGGAUCUCUUUCCUCGAAAGUGGAUCUGUCGAGCGUGCCAAAAGCUUUGCAAAUCGACUUCGAAGGCAACCCACUUAUUAGUUCACUGCAUUUGUCGUGGAUUCUUCGGAAGAAAGUUGAUGGAGCAGCCACAAUUGCCGGUGUAGCCCUAGCCUUGGCCUUCUUCGAUGAGGUGGGUGGGAACAUAUCUGCCAAUAAGCUCUGUGCGUGUAAAAUGGUUUAG